GACUCUUGUUGACUGGUACUAGCAUUCAUAGAGGCCCUCUUUAAAAAGCUCUUUAAAAGUCUUUAAAUGAUUGAUUUAUCGCUUCCCUGGUCUCCCCUGCGCAUUCUCGCGCAGCUUUGACGGUCACAUGAUUGGUCUCGUGACAACAGGAAGUAAAAAUGAAAACAGUGAAGAUGCUGCUGAUGCUUUGAGACUGACAAUUCUCCAUCUGCCACUUAAAGAAGGCAACAGGCAACUAUGGCUUCUAUCAUUAAAGAAACACAAAGCAUAAAAGAAGCGGUGACUUUCAUCAAUGCGAUUGAUGUGAACAAGUUCUCCAGACUGAUCUCUCGCAUCAUACAAAAGCUUCAUCUGAAGGAAGAGCGAACAUUCAGUGAAGAAGAGGAACAAAAACUUCAGACUGCUCUCUCAUUGGAUAAACAGGCUCUCAAUCUAGUCCUGGAAACUGCUGCCUUCAUACUAGAGCAGGCCGUGUAUCAUAACGUGAAGCCGGCUGCUCUGCAGCAGCAGCUCGAGGCGGUUCAUCUGGACCCAGACAAAGCUGAGAUGUUCUCUCAAACCUGGGCUACUGCUGGACCUGAGCUGGUGGAGAAACUCAAGCACAGUAUAUUUGCCCCAAAGAAGCUGGAGUAUGUUGGCUGGCAGCUAAACCUGCAGAUGGCCCAGUCCAGUCAAGCCAGACUCAAGUCUCCCAGUGCCGUCCUCCAACUGGGACUCCGCAGAGAGGACUCAGAGGUUCCGGAAAAUGUCUUUGUUGAUUUUAACCACCAGGAGCUACUUGAGUUCUACAACAAGCUCGAAACUGUGCAAGGCCAGUUGGAUUCCCUGACAUGAUGCCUGGUGCUCUUUGUACGACCACACACACAUUCACACAUUCACACAUUCACAUAUUGUUAUAGUUUUCACUGGAAGCCGUGACAGCUGUUAGAGGUGUAACAAUACAGCUUGUGUUAUGAUUGAUUAGAAAAACCAUCCAAGAUUCACUGAAUGUUUCUUUGUCCUGACUUCCUAAAUUGUUGAAAUCCUGGCUUGUGCUCGACAACAAUAAGAGAUGUUAAUAUGAUAAAUAUGUACUCAGAAUUGCCUUAAUUCAGGAGUUGGCAGUGAAGUUGCUGUUGUCAAAAUAGAUUUAACUGGAAUGAGUUUCUGAGUAAAAUGUUUCCUACACUGCUCAAUGUUGAACAGGAUUAUGAAGUAUCAAAAUGUCUUCAAAGAAAGUAAUGAAUUAAAAUGAUUGGUCCUUUUGAAAAAAAACAGAUUUUGUAACUCAGAGAAUGAAAUAGUGUCCGUGCCGUUUUAAUAAAACGUGAAGUUGAGGUGAAAUCAGUCCAA